CUAAAAUCAAACAUCUCUAUUAAUUUCAUUCUCAGAUUUUCCAUUGUCAACUUAAUCAAAUCGGACAGUUUAUAUAAUGAGGGUAUGCGUCCCGUUAUGUAUUCCACGACAAAUGCCAAAACAAAAAAUAUUGGUUGGACACGUUGUGGCAAUAACAUUUGCUAUUACCGUAACGAUGAUGACAGCCAGCCUAGUGAAGAUGAUGAGGAUAAUUCCUCUUAUACCUUGACCUUUAAUAUUGAAUUUGAACAUGAUAAUGAUACAGUAUUUUUUGCACACAGUUAUCCUUAUACUUAUAGUGAUUUACAGGUGAGUUGGUCAAAUUUUAAAAUAUUUAAACAUUUUCAAACAUAGUACGGACGUUAGGCG